AUGGUACAAAAUGCGUUGUCUCGAAUAAAUGGAACAGGAGAUGACAUAGUGGAAAUAUAUAUGGCAAUAGAGGAAGGCAGUACCGAGGAAUUAGUAACGAAAAAUGUCAAAGAACAAACAAGCGAAAAACAACCCAACUUACCUAAUUUCAAAGAGAAUAUUCGGGGCCGAGUAAAUCGUACAGCAACACCUAUCAAACGUAUUACCAUCUCACCCGUUUCGAGCAUCUUGCCAACAGAACCUAAACAAUUAUUAGUGUUAAAGGAUUGGCAAACCGUUGAACCUGAAAGAAAUCGAAAAAGAGCAAAACGCCAACAGGAGGGGCAACCGAAAAGUG